AUGCCAACAAGGAUAAGAGCUAACCGGAAAAGCACCAACCUGUCACCGAUGUCGCUACUUGACCGCUUCCGGGAGGCAGUUUUCCGGUUGAUCAUGAUAUCAGCACUCUCCAGAGCCAACUCCACCACCUCCACCACCGCCUACACAUCCACCUCCACUUACGAUAGUCAAUCACCCAUACGGUUGUCCUCAAGGUCUUCAUCCAAAUCUUCUCCGGCAGCCACUAGUCGUCACCACAACCGCUCAUACCAUCAUUACGCAAGUGAUUCACAUCAUACUGAAGCGGUGGCUGAUUGCAUAGAGUUCAUCAAAAGAUCUGCAAAUGAUGAAAUCAGAGGUUCUACUGCUAGUAGUAGCAGUCGGAGUCCUGUUUAUGAUAACAGUACCGAGAUUGUUAUUCCACUUCCAGUUAUGUGA